AUGCUGGCCAUUAUCUCUCCAGCCAAAACGCUGGACUUCGAAUCCAAGCUGACUACCCGCAAAGGCACAACACCUGACUUUGUCGAAGAAAGCGAUCAGUUGAUCGAUCGCCUCCGUCAAUACGAACCUGCUCAACUGGCAAAGCUGAUGAAGAUCAGCGACAACCUGGCUGAACUCAACCACCGUCGCUACCACGAGUGGACGCCUGAAUUUGCGCCACAGACGGCCAGGCCAGCCGCCCUGGCGUUCAAGGGCGACGUCUACCUGGGUUUACAGGCCCAGGAUCUCAGCGAACGCGAUCUGACCUGGGCACAGAAACACCUGCGUAUUUUGAGCGGUUUACAUGGCGUUCUGAAACCGCUGGACAGAAUCCACCCCUACCGCCUGGAAAUGGGCACCCCGCUGUGCACCUCCAAAGGCAAAAACCUGUAUGAAUUCUGGGGAGACAAGGUUACUCGGUCAUUAAAUGAAGCCCUUGCCGAACAGGCCAAUCCGGUAUUAGUGAACCUUGCUUCACAGGAAUACUUUAACGUCGUUGAACCCGACGCCAUCAACGCCGAUAUCAUCAACAUUCACUUUAAAGAAGAAAAAGACGGCAAACUGAAGUUCCUGUCGUUUUACGCAAAAAAAGCGCGCGGGCUGAUGGCUCGAUAUAUGAUCGAUAAGCGUGUUAAGACGCUGAAAAUGUUAAAAGCAUUCGAUUACGAAAACUAUGCUUACAAUGAAGCACUGUCGACCAGCCACGACUGGGUGUUUACCCGCCCGCAGCCCGCACCAGCAGACAUUGACCUGGAUACCGCCCGUGAAAAAGUUUAUGGCAUGACGUACGACAAGUGGAAAAACACCUAUCAGAAGGAAGCAACCCCUGAACAGCUGGCGGCCAUGGAAGUGCCCACGGGUUCAAUGAUCCCAACCAUUCUCGAGGGUGACCGCAUCGUUGUAGACAAACUGGCUUACGACCUGCGCGUGCCAUUCACCCUGGUUCGCAUUGCCCAGUGGGGGGAUCCCCAGCGUUCGGAUAUUGUCACAUUUGAAUCACCGAAAGACGGCAAACUACUGGUCAAACGCGUGAUCGGCAUCCCGGGUGACGUGGUCACCAUGUACAACAACCGCCUGACCAUCAAUGGCGAGAUCGGCAAGUACGAAGCGGUUGACCUGAGCGCCCUGCCAGAUCCGGUUGCAGCGGCCAUCGACAACAUAGAGGUGAGCCAGGAAAAUCUGCUCGGCAACAGCCACAUGGUGAUGACAUAUCGGCUGCGGCACCCACAGAUCCGCAGUUCAUUUGGACCGGUUACUGUGCCUGAAGGUCAUUAUCUGAUGUUGGGAGACAACCGGGAUAACAGCCAGGACUUCAGAGUGAUCGGCUUUGUCAAACGCGAAGUUAUUCUGGGCAAAGCUGGCGCAAUAGCAUUUUCGUUAGAUUACGAAAAUUACUACCUGCCCCGUUCGGAACGCUUCUUCCAGGAACUGAUCUGA